UGAAGCUUUCUGAAGCAUAUUUUCAGCUAUAGCCAUGAAAUGGCAUGUAGCAUUUGUAGGGCAAUGGACCUCAAGCCAAGUUUGGAAGAGCAUCCCUGCCUUGCCAACCUCGCAACCUCUUCUACUGCGGGCAUCUCCUUCAAUCGCAUUCCAUUCCAUUCCAUUCCAUCCGAUCCUUUGCUUUCUUCGCCGGAAUAGUCCACGGAUCGAAUUCCAAACCCGCGAGGAAUUCGAUCAUAUAUCUAGCUAGCUACCCCUCGAACCGAUCAACCUCGCGAUCCCCAAGAAAAUCCAAACAUCCGAGACGCCAUGGAUGCAGCUCUUCUCUCGGCUUCGACGACAGCGCCAUGUCGUCAUCUUCGUCUUCUUCUUCUCCCAUCGGCGGCGCCGCCGCGUGCCGGGACACGGAGCAGCAAGAGCGCGGCGGCGGCGGGGGUGAGGGGGCGAGUGCGCGUGAAUUCCCUGUUCGGCGACGGCGGCGGCGGAGAUGACGGGUUCCGGGCGGUGAGGAGGCUGGUGAAGCUCAACUCCGCCGUGCAGAACAGGAGCGUCAGGGAGUUGCUCGAGCUCGCCGGCGACGAGUGCCUCUACUUCUUCGGUAGAAUCUCCUCCAUUGACGUUUCACAAGUGAGCAAGAACAUGUUUCUGCUCCUCCACGCAAUGAUGCUUAGGCACCACGUAUCGUUCGUGCUCAAGCCGACUGAAAACGAAGGCUUCGACCUAGGCGUCAAAUGGUCUCUAGAAUGGAAGGGCAAGAAGCUGCCUUGGGACCUAGACUGCAACAUCACCACCAAUCACGUCUACAGGGGCAUGCUGCUCAUUAAUGAAGUGAACAAGGUUUAUGUGCCACUACUUCAGAGGAUUCUUGAGAUAAUUCACCAGAAUUUGGAUGCGGUAAUUUUGACAUUGGCGAAUAAGCUUCUGCCAGAAGGUACUCUUGAUGAGAGUAACAGGAGGACAAUAGUCGCAUGUGCCAUCAUUGGUCUGGUGGUCAUGGUAGUUUUCUACAAUAUGUUCAAGAACUUGUAGGUCUAUUGGGACAGCAAUAACACUUCAUAAAUCAUAAGCAUGGUCUACUGUGUAGAGCUACAAGAACAUGUUGUAAAUAAUCAGCAGCAGAUGUAGAACUGGUGGCAGGUGAAGCGACAACAGAUUCUGAAACACCACAGCACUAUGCAAGAACACUUCAACUGAUGCGUAUAAGCAAAGGCUGAAAGAGUGCCUGUCUGAUGAUGGUUAGGAGCAACAACCAUUCAUUAAUACGAUGAACAGGAGCAAAUGAUUAAUGUGUUGAUGACAAUCUAAAACUGUAAAUUUAAAUUAAGCAUCACCGACAACAUAAUACAGGGAGAGCACAGGUGUCCUUUUAACAAGAGCACUAACAAUGUAAGAGGCUUUCAAGCAACAAAGGUGAAAGCAACUACUUACCAUAGAACGCACCUAUGCUUGCUGAUUUUUACAUCAAGCAAAGUUCAUCAGCUUUAACUUUGCUUCGGUGCUGCUUUCUACUCAGUAUUUAACAAGCUAGAAAUUCAAGAUAGCCUACCACAUGUGACUCUUCCAAGAAGACUCAAGACUACAUAAUAUGCAACAACUAUCAUUCUUUUUCCUUGCUACUGUGAAGAGAUUAGCCUACAGCCUUUUUCUCAUAAGUAAAUCAGUUUGAUGGAUACAAAGCAUAGAAUAAACACUUUCAGCAUUUUCUGUUGUUUCAUCAGCGCCUACUACCAGGGUGUUAGA